AUGGCGCUCACUCUCCAAACCGCCAUUGACCAGAGCAAUCCGCUCGCAGAGGCCAUCAUCGUGCCCUCCAAGUCAAAGACCCUCACCGUCCGCUACUCUGACCUCCAAUCCGACGUGGCCGCCUUCCAGCGCAAGCUCGCCGAUCUCGGCAUCACCAAAGCCGCGCCCGUGUCCAUCGCUCUCGUCAACUCCUACGAGUUCAUCGUCUCAUUCCUCGCCGCCUCCUGGCAGCGCGGAAUCGCUGCGCCUCUCAACCCAGCUUACAAGCAGGACGAGUUUGAGUUCUACAUCCAAGAUGUCAAGAGCGCUAUCGUCCUUGUUCCUCAGGGCGCUUGGGACGCUGGUGCUCCCAGCGUGAAGGCCGCUAAGAAGUUCAACGCUGCGGUUGCUGAGUGCUACUGGGAUGCCACAAAGGGUGAGGUUGCCCUCGAUGUCAAGGACUAUGGACUUCUCAAGGGCAAGAAGGAGCAGAUUCUUACAGCUGAGCCUGAUGAUGUUGCUCUCAUUCUUCACACAAGUGGCACUACAUCACGCCCCAAGGUGGUCCCUCUCACUCAUCGCAACCUGACCCGAACCAUGAACAACAUCAAGAACACAUAUGAACUCACCUCCAAGGACCGAACCAUGCUGGUCAUGCCUCUGUUCCAUGUCCACGGCCUUCUCUGUGGUCUUCUCGCUCCUCUCUUCACCGGUGGCUCCAUGGUUGUGCCUACAAAGUUCUCCGCCAAAGAGUUCUGGACCGACUUCGCCACUCACAAGGCCAACUGGUACACAGCUGUCCCCACGAUCCACCAGAUCCUGCUCAAGAACCCUCCCCCAAGCCCCAAGCCCAGCAUCCGCUUUAUCCGAUCAUGCUCCAGCCCGCUGUCUCCCACCGUCUUCCAGCAGCUCGAGGAGACAUACGGCGCCCCCGUUCUCGAGGCCUAUGCCAUGACCGAGGCUGCGCAUCAGAUGACAUCCAACCCUCUUCCUCCCGCCAAGAGAAAGGCUGGCACCGUUGGUAUUGGUCAGGGCGUCGAGGUUAAGAUUCUCACCGAGCAGGGUGAGGAGGUUCCCCAAGGCUCUGAGGGUGAAAUCUGCAUCAUUGGUGAGAACGUCACUAAGGGCUACCUCAACAACGCCGAGGCCAACGCUUCCUCCUACCACAAGAACGGCUUCUUCCGAACUGGCGACCAGGGUAAGAAGGACGAGGACGGCUACAUCAUCAUCACGGGCCGCAUCAAGGAGCUUAUCAACAAGGGCGGCGAGAAGAUCAGCCCCAUUGAACUGGACAACGUCCUGACUCGCCAUCCUAGCAUCAGCGAGGCUGUCAGCUUUGCCAUUCCCGACGAGGUCUAUGGCCAGGACAUUGGUGUAGCUGUUGUUCUCAAGAACGGCGAGAAGCUCACGGCUGAGGAGCUCAAGGCAUGGGUUGAGGAGCGCUCUGCCAAGUUCAAGGUUCCCAAGAAGGUCUACUUCACCGAGGUGAUGCCUAAGACGGCAACUGGCAAGAUCCAGAGGAGAAUCGUGGCCGAGACCAUGAUGACGGCUCCCAAGGCGAAGCUGUAA